GCUGCCAUCAGCGUAUUUCUAAUGAACACAAUUCGCAAUUGCUUUUUAUUUGUCGUCUCCGCUUAGUAAAGGGGAGUGAAUUGUGCGUGAAAAAGUGGUGGAUUUUUUUGUGCGUAAGCCAUUUGAACAUAGCUCGUGUUAUUAUUUUUGUUUGACUGACGUAUCAUUGUAGGAUAUUUAUUUCUGAAGCCAAUUGCUUUUUUGUAUCUUAUACGUUUUAAAGGAAGUUAGCAAAAUUUUCCUGAGGUAGGCAAGUGUAAAAACAUUACAUUUAAAAAUCCAAAGGUGAGUAUAUUUGUUGAUAAAGCUUGGGAUCGUGUGCAGAUUAUUCCACAAGCUUUAUAAAAAGGAAUCCAAAUUUAAAUUGUCUGAUUGCUUUUGCAAUUCCAUUUCGACAUGAAGGUCACGUGUUGUCAGGUGUAAGCGGGCCAGGUGAGAGUGAGGUCCGGGCCAAAUCACAUUGUGUCCAGUCAAGCUCAUCUGGGUCAGGUCAUAUUUUUGUUCCAGAUCAAGGUCAGGUCAGACUUGGACCAUGUUGAGCCAGGUGUCAGGUUAAGCAAAGAGCACGUCGGGGUCAGGUGAGGGUUAGGUAAGAUCACGGCAUGACGGUUACCUACUCCAACAAGGUGGCCAAUGCACGACUCGGGGGCUUCUCACAGCUGCUCCUGAGAUGGAAGGGGUCCAUCUACAAGCUUCUCUACAAGGAGUUCUGCAUCUUCCUCGCCUUGUUCUUCACGCUCAGCAGCGUCUACAGGUACAUGCUUUCGGAAAAUCAGAAAAGAUAUUUCGAGAAGCUCGCGAUGUACUGCAACAAAUACGCGGAGCUCAUUCCCGUCUCAUUCGUGUUGGGCUUCUACGUGACGCUGGUGGUGUCGCGCUGGUGGAGCCAGUACGAGAGCCUGCCGUGGCCCGAUCGUCUCAUGCACCUGGUCGCGUGCAACGUGCACGGCGCGGACGAGCGCGGCCGCCUGCUGCGCCGCACGCUCAUGCGCUACGCCAACCAGUCGGCGCUGCUCAUCCUGCGCUCCGUCAGCACGGCCGUCUACAAGCGGUUCCCUACCAUGGACCACGUCGUUGAGGCCGGCUUCAUGACUCCCGCGGAGCGCCGCAAGUUCGACGGCCUCCGCUCUCCGCACAACAAGUUCUGGGUGCCGUGCGUGUGGUUCGCGAACCUGGCGGCGCAGGCCAAGGCCGAGGGACGCAUUCUCGACAACGUGUCGCUGCAGCUCAUCCUCAACGACCUGAACAACUUCAGAAGUUGCUGCAGCAUGCUGUACAGCUACGACUGGGUCAGCAUUCCCCUGGUGUACACGCAGGUGGUCACGGUGGCAGUGUACAGCUUCUUCCUCGCCUGCCUCAUCGGCCGCCAGUUCCUGGACCCAGCACAGGGCUACCCGGGCCACGACUUAGACCUCUACAUCCCCGUCUUCACCCUCCUGCAGUUCUUCUUCUACGCCGGCUGGCUCAAGGUCGCAGAGCAGCUUAUAAACCCAUUUGGUGAGGACGAUGAUGAUUUUGAAGCCAACUGGUGCGUGGACAGGAAUCUGCAGGUUUCGCUCAUGGGCGUGGACGAGAUGUACCGGGACCUGCCGCCCCUGGAGCACGACGUGUACUGGGACGACAUCUCACCGUGCCCGCCCUACACCGGCGCCAGCUUGGUCCACCACAAAGCCUCCUUCCAGGGCUCCACCUUCGACAUCAGCAUUCCUGCACAGGAGAUGGAGUUCCAACGACUGGAUCACAUCUCGGAGGAAGCCGAGCGAUGCUCGUCUCCAAGCGUUGCUGGCACCAGCGAUGGCAGCCUCACACCGCCGCUGCUGCUGUCGCCACCGGCAGUGCCACCAGCGGGGAGGGGAGGCCCGUCGCGCCCCCGCUCGCUGCUCACCAUGCUGGCUGCGGCCACCAUGCCACCGACAGCGCCAGAUCAUCGCGGCUGGAGCAGCGCGCCACAGACACCCGUGCUAAGACGCACGCAGCCAUUGCUGCCGCUGCCGCCGCCGCCACCACCCAGGGGCCGCCGGUGCGGGUGUGUCGUCAGCCACUCCGAUGGCCUCGUCGUCCCGCUCGGCACAGGGCAGCGAAGCAAGCACGACGCACAGGUCAAUGGGAGCUGCCACGUGGACAUGUCUACUCUUUAAAGUGACGUCCGCUCAACACAUCACGUAGAGCAAUGCUCUAAUAGGACUGGUGUCGAUUCAAAAAUUAAAACAUUACAUGAAUUAUCUAUCUAAACCUUUUAAAUGAUGCUACAUUUCUACUUAAGGUGAUUUCAUCCAACCAGCCACCCAUACCUGCUUCGAAUCACAAUGAAACAUACGGGUUAAUUGCAUGAGCUUACUUCAGUGUGCAAUUGUCAUAUAUUAGGCAUAUGAAACACCCGUGCAGAACUUGUCUUCUGAUGUUCAAAGAAUAAUUUGCAUUAAAAGCCUCCCCAAUACGACAUCAUCACGAUCCACGGGCAGGUAGCCCGUCGUUGUCCACUGCACAUUUAGCCAUACUCUUUGGUUCUUUCGGUAAAGUCACGUAGGUAGAAAAAUAAUAGAUCACGACGUUUCGAUCGCAACACAAGCAAUCGUCAUCAGGUGGGACAACCACAGCAAUAAAACACUGCUGAAGUAGGCGAGAGAUCUGCCGUGGGUGGGAGAGAGAAGGGGGGGGGGGCUGAAAGUGGACCCCGCAGCAGCACCCGGGUCACUGGAAUAGAGAUCGGAGGGAGAUGCACAGAGAGAGAAAGACACACAGAGAGUCGGAAAUAACAGCUGACAUAGGCAGGUAGGAUGGAAACAUCACUGUCAGUUAAGACUUUACCUGGUUCAUAACGUCCUUCCAAUGAUUGCUCAGUUUGUACCCAUCUUCUCGGUUGAAGUUGUGUCUGUGUUUUAAUAUCUGGAUGGCUUCAUGAACAAAUCUCUGAUAAUAGCCAGUGGGUUUGCAAAGUACCUUCGUCCUGGAAAAGUCAAUUUCGUGUGAGCCCACUGCGUUAAAACAAUGAUCAGCAACGCCAGAGGUAUUGGUCCCACCGUGUUUCAGAUCUGCCUUGUGUUCGCGAACGCGGUCCGAGACAUGUCGUUUCGUUUCCCCAAUGUAACUGCUGCCGCAGCCACAACUUCGUUUGUAGACACCAGGGUAUUGCAUAUCAGGAAUCACAUCCUUUACAGAUGGGAUCAAAUCACGGAUUUUGUGUACUGUGUUGAAACGAACCUGGAUCUUGUGUUUGUUUAAGAUUUUGGAAAUAUUUUUGGUAACCCCUGCUAUGUAUGGCAAAGUGAUGGUAUUGGUUUAAAUUUGUAUUUUGUCUUGUGCCAAUAUGCUCAAGUAGUGCACAUCUUUCUGGUACCAAUCUCUUGUCAUCACACCAUUCUGUUAAGUAUUCCUCUCUUUCCAUUUGGGGCCGUCCAUAAAUGACGUCACGCACCUGGGGAGGGGUCAGACAUUUGUGACGAUGU